AUGCUCCGCUUGUUUGUCGUGGCUUUGGCGAUAUGCUUUGGUACCGAUCUGGAAGAGCUGGGAGUGGACGACGAGUGCGGCACCACUGGGAGCUGCAGUCUGACAGCACUGCAGCUACGCUCCCGGAAGCUUCGAGAUGAGCUUUACCAAGACGUCGAGGUCUCUGGCAACAGGUCUGAGAGCAAGGUCACCUUUAUCUUUACCUUUGGGGCUGUGGCUACCAGCAAGGAGCCUCUGGAGGAUCUUUCGCAGCCGUCGCGCAGCUUUACAGGGCUUCGGUGCUACACGGAGGCGAUUGACAAUUCUUUCUUCCCACGGCGCACAGAUGCAGGCUCAGACUUGAACUUGCUCAUGCACCCGAAGGUGGCAACACUGGCCCUGCACUUGGGCAAAGACUCCGAGUUUUAUCCAGGAGAAGGACGGCCGGAACUUCCAAGACAUGGCACAGAGGCCAUCCGCCUGCCGGAUGUCGACCUACACGACAUGAAGCACUAUUUCAUUCGUCUUGAAAACCUGCAACUGGAUGGAGAAGAUGUUUCCCAUAUGCCUCUCUUUGAGAGUGCCCACAAAUUUGCGAACCUUGCUUGGGGAGCAUAUGAAAAACAGACGCACUGGCAAACGAAGCAGAUUCUUCGAAUGGAAGAUUUGAUUCUGAAGAAUCUCAAGGGCUGGCGGCUGGUGGCGCAGGAGCACCUCAGCUGCAUAGCCAGCGGCAGUAGCAGCCGGAGUAGCGGUAGCGGUAGGUAG